AGUGACCAGCAGGGGGCGACUCCUCUGCUCCCAUAGACGUCAAUGAGGAAAUGGCUCUACUUCUGUGUAGUGACCAGCAGGGGGUGACUCCUCUGCUCCCAUAGACCUCUAUGAGGAAAUGACUCUACUUCUCACUUGAUUUAUUCCCUCAGUAAACAUUGUUCAGUUCAUUAUGAUAUUUUCACCCUUUAGUUGUACUUUUCUCGACCCUAAGACAAAAAAAAACAACUCAUGACAUCCGGACUUCCAAACUGUCCAACGUCUCUGAAGCCUCUGAUGACUCAUCCUGCACUGCCUAGAAGUGGAUUUGUUGGUGUAAACAGCGUCAGGGUUCAACAAGCGUUUCCCUGACAACGUAACGAGCCUCAUCUCCGAUGGCCCCCCGCGGCGGCCUGUUCCCCUUCGGUUCUUCUCCAGGGUGAGAGCUGCUGAUGACCUCUCGCUGCAGGCCACUCAGAGGGCUCACAUUCCUGCUCUAAGCCUAUCUCAUUGACCCCCCCCCCCCCACAAUCACACACACACCCUAAAAAAAGAGCCCGCCAGCUGGGAGCAGAAGAUGAACGAGGACACUCGAAGACUCGCCAGCAGACCUGAAGGAGCCAGAUGGAGUCAGAGAGGGGGCAGCAGGAAACCCUCCCAGCGAAGAUUUAACGAGGACACAAAAGCACAAGAAGAAGAAGAAACCAUGUGCGAGGAGGUGGACGAGGACGAGCUGCUGGCCGCUCUGUCCUCCGAGGAGCUCCAGGAGCUGGAGAGGGAGCUGGCCGUCCUGGACGACACCGUCCCCAUCGGCCUGAGGCAGAGGGACCAGACGGCCAGGGGCCCCACGGGGGCCUUCGACCGGGCCGCCCUGCUGAAGCACUGGGAGGAUGAGAACAGGAAGCUUCUGCGGGACGAGAGGACAGAGUCCAACGGGGGACAGAACUUCAUCACAGAACCGGCGUGCUGUCCAGAUGGAGAGAAACACAGAGGGGGACGAGGGACGCUGGAGAGCGACAGGAAGAAGACGUCACCGAAGGAGAAGAAAGCCAACAAGGACGAGGCGGAAAAGAAAGACGAGUGUAAGAAGGAGGCUCUGAUGAGCCCGCGGAGCGAAUCGAGGACGACCGAAACCACCGACCAAGACCUGAAGGAAAGCCCCGACAGGGCGAGCGGGAACCGCACCGCCGUCCUCGAGACUCUGGAGCGGAUCCUGCAGGACGACCCGUCUGUGAGCGAAGUCAACCUCAACAACAUCGAGGACAUCUCCCAGGACACCUUGAUGGGCUUCGCCGAGGCCCUGCGCGCCAACACCCACGUCCACCUUUUCAGCCUCUCCAACACCCACGCCGACGACCGCGUGGCCCUCGCCGUCUCCCGGAUGCUCCGCGAGAACCGCUCCGUCAGGAACCUGAACAUUGAUUCCAACUUCGUGUCCGGUCGGGGCGUCCUGGCGCUGCUGGAGGCGCUGCAGCACAACAAGACGCUGGUGGAGCUGCGCUUCCACAACCAGAGGCACAUGUGCGGGGGGAAGGUGGAGAUGGAGAUGGUCCAGCUGCUGAGGGAAAACACCACCCUGCUCAAGCUCGGCUACCAGUUCGACCUCCCGGGCCCAAGGAUGACGGCGACCGGCAUCCUGACGCGCAACCAGGACCAGCAGCGUCAGCGGAGGCUGCGACAGAAGAAAGAGCAGAGUCCUCCCGAGGCCUCGGGACAUGGCUUCGAUUCACCUGCAGUAAACAGACCCCCGAAAAAGACGUCACAACCUUCUAAGAAUAGAAACCCUCCUCCUCCACCCCCUCCUCCUCCGUCUUUAGACCCGCUGACGAGGAAGAUCUCCAAAGUGGUCAAACAGCACGAGGGCUCGAACAUGACGAAGACUCAGUCGAACCAGAGGAAGACAAAGUCGAAGAAGCUCAAGAACGGCGCCAGCGAGAAGGAGAGCGCAGAGAUUCUCAACGACCUGAAGAAGGCCUUGAAGCCUUCGCUGCAGAAUAGACCAGACGAACCGCCGUGCCAGCCGCUGCCAGAGCCAGCGAAGAGGUCAAGCCACGACAACCUGAUGGCGGCGAUCCGCGGGAGCAGCAUCGGGUCCUUAAAAAGGGUGCGUGAUGUUUGUCGUUUCAGGUGGAUCUGUCCCACGCCUGAACUCACCUGCUCACCUCAACUCUUCACUUUUCAUUGAAACACUUAAAUGUCACUUUUUUUUUCUUAUUCAUGUUGUCACGCGUCGUUUUAGCGAACUGCUUCUCUGUACGUUUCAGAUGAUGUUGUAUUUUGUUACUGACGUGUGGAGAAAUAAAGUUCUACGAUCUGAA